AAGAGCGACAAAUAUACGUGAGCAAACUUGUCUGUUUCUCUCCAUGGAAACCGCAAGACUGGAUAUUCGCGAUUCGCGCACUUGUUCAAGAGAAAAUAACUCUAUUCUUGCCGAAGAGCGUUCCUUCGUUGGUGAUAAAUAAUGGCAGACGAUCAAGCACAAAGUGUGGCAGCUGUAGUGACAGAAUCUGUGAAUGAACCACAAGAAACGGUUCCUCCAGUAGCAGCUCCAGAAAUUCCUGAAAAUGUUCAAAAAAUAAUAGCCAGUGAAAAAGAAGCAACUGAAGCCCCUGCAAGUAAACGUCCAAAAGUUGAUGUCCAGUCUCUUCCAACACGGGCUUAUCUAGACCAGACGGUUGUUCCAAUAUUACUACAGGGCAUGUCUAUAUUAGCUAAAGAAAGGCCUCCUAAUCCCAUUGAAUACCUGGCAGCAUAUCUUUUAAAGAAUAAAAACCAGUUUGAGUGAAGUUAUUGGAAAUUUUCAUCAUUAUAUAGUCAUUACAUUUUAUACUUUAUUAUGUGUUAAAUUAUUACUUCAUUCCUUGAUGAUUCUAUACACAUGACAUUCUAGAUGUUUAAUACAACCAGGCUGACCAAGUAUUUUAUCCAGUAAAUCAUAUCUAUUUUAUUGAUUAUUACUACUUUACAAAAAAACACCAAGAAUUUGUUAACAAAAGAGGUUUAGCUCUAAUAGGAGAUACACUUUCUAACUUAACUAAAAUGAUGAGUCUAUGCACAGAUAAAUAUCUCUUCCCUGGUACAGUUUUAUGUACAUAUUUAGGCCACAGGUGUUUCAUAUUAGAUCAGAAUCGAUCUUGCUCAAGAGUUUCAGAUGUUUUUUUUUUCCCUUUGAACUGAACUACAAAAAGAUAAUUAAAUCCAAUUUUCAUAUUUAUGAAGAUAUGAUUGUGUCACACAAAGAUUUUUUUACCCUCACUGUAAACUAAGAUUUUUAAUUGAGAAAUAUGAGUGGCCAUAAUUGGUUUAUUUAUUCACAGAUUUAUGUGAAAAUAUGAAAAAAAUGUAACAAGUAGUUAUAAAUUGUUAGCUGUUUUUAUAUUAUUGUGAAUAAAUCAGUAAAUUAAAGAUGUGUUACUGUAGAGGUUUUACUUGUAUAUUAUUGUAUGUAUGUAAUAAACACUCUUACUAUUA